UUUUUUUUCAUUUGAAUUCAUAUCAAUUGACCUCUAAACUUGGUAUAUAAAAGCAACGUGUCUGAUAAAGAAAAACCGACGAGAAAACAACAUGAAAUCUAUUAUCAUUUUAUCAGUUUUCUUAGUUUGUUCCGCGUUGGCUGCCAGUUCUGAUAAGGAUACUGAAUCAAAAGUGGCCAGAUAUUUGAAAUCCUGUGGAGUUAUCACUUCAUUGAAGACUACUAAAUGUGUUAAGAGAAGCGAUGAAGUAGAUAAGGAGCUCAAAGCUCUCGUAAAGAGCAAAGACAAGGAUCUCUCAAAAGUCAAGGCUUCGUGCAAAGACACCAUGGAAUGCAUUAAAGAGCUGAAAUGUAAACCACUCGAAGAAGAUCACAAGGAGACUCUCGACUUCUGUGGUCGUGCUCUUUUCCAGGACGAGUUCAAGGAUUGCAGCAAGAAAUUGCAGGCAUUGAAGAAAAGUGAUAAGGAUGCUGCAAAGUGUUUGGAAGAUUUUAAAUCAGAGACAAAGAAGUCGACAAAGGACACUUGCACAUUUUUGAAGGGCUCGAAAGAUUGUAUCAAGGCUCAUAUUAAGAAAGAGUGCGGGGAUGAUAAGUUGCAGGGAUGGCAGAAGUUUGCUCAAGACUCGUUCAAAGAGAACGAAUGCGAGAAGGCAAUUGGAGCAAAAUGGAACUAACUUCAUUAAAUGUUCUUCGAUUUCUUGUUCCUUGUUACAGUAACCCUGCAAAACUGCAAUAAUUAAUUUAAAAGUCUUUAAAAUUCCGGUUGAGUACCCAUUCCUCCCUCCUACAUUCUUCAUUUCUUCAAAGGGUUUCUCUCCAGGUACCAAUAAAAUUUUUAACGCGGUCA